UGGAAACUUAAUUUGUGUUUGCAGAUGGCCAUGGCAUCGAUGACCAACAUCUUAUGCCUCUUUUCCAUUCGACUUUUGCUGUCGUUCGCAAGUGUCGGCGGUGGCAAAGUUCCGGCAAUCAUAGUGUUCGGGGACUCGUCGGUCGAUGCUGGGAACAACAAUUAUAUUCCCACCAUCGCCAGGAGCAAUUUCGAGCCCUACGGUCGUGACUUCAAUGGUGGACAUCCCACGGGAAGGUUCUGCAAUGGCAAGAUUGCGACCGACUUCAUCUCGCAGGCGUUUGGUCUCAAAGGGGCCAUUCCUGCUUACCUUGAUCCGACGUAUAGUAUAUCGGAUUUCGCCACCGGGGUUACGUUCGCCUCUGCCGGAACCGGCUACGACAAUGCCACGUCCAAUGUCCUAUCUGUGAUGCCAUUAUGGAAAGAACUUGAGUACUACAAGGAUUAUCAGACCAAACUGAGAGCCAGUCUCGGAGACGGUAGAGCAAACGAUAUAAUCAAAGAUGCUUUAUACAUGAUAAGCAUCGGAACGAACGACUUCCUCGAGAACUACUAUGCGGUCCCCGGUCGUUCAACGCAAUACAACAUUAAAGAAUACGAAAACUUCCUAAUCGGAAUCGCCGGGAAUUUCACCAAGGCACUUUACGAUCUCGGAGCACGAAAAAUUUCUCUGGGAGGGUUGCCUCCGAUGGGGUGUAUGCCGUUGGAGAGAACCGGCAAUCUCAUGGGAGGAAGCGAGUGUGUCGACAGUUACAACAAUUUGGCGGCCGAGUUCAAUAGUAAAUUGAACGAUUUGGUGAUCAAGCAGAACAAAGACCUCAAUGGGAUGGACAUGGUCUUCUCGGAUCCGUAUGGCAUCAUGUUGGAUAUAGUCCAAAAACCAGCUUUUUACGGAUUUGAGGUGACGGGAGUGGCCUGUUGUGCGACAGGGAUGUUCGAAAUGGGGUAUGCAUGCAGCAGGACCAACCCUUUUACAUGUUCGGAUGCAAGCAAGUACGUGUUUUGGGAUUCUUUCCACCCCACUGAGAAAACCAAUUCCAUCGUUGCCAAUCAUGUGGUCCAGAAUUCUUUAGCCAAGUUUCUCUGACCAACUUUCAUAUAA